AUGGCCGGACUCCUCGCUCUCUUCUCUCUCUUCCUUAUCCUCCCGCUCUCCGCCCUAUCCGACCCGAACCCGAAACCCGUCCCUCCGACCCAAGCCCACGCUGAGCUCACCACCUACGGCUUCCCAAUCGGCCUCCUCCCUUCCUCCGUCCAGUCCUACUCCCUCAACCACACCUCCGGUGAGUUCUCCCUCGACUUCGGCUCCUCCUGCAAGAUCACCCUCCCGCCAGACAACUACCUCGCCACCUACUCCAAGACCGUUAAAGGCAAGAUCGCCCAGGGCCGGAUCGCCGAGCUCGACGGGAUCCGUGUCAGGGCCUUCUUCAAGUGGUGGUCGAUCACCGGAAUCAGGUCCGGCGACGGCGAAUUGGUGUUCGAGGUCGGGAUGGUGACGGCUAAGUACCCGUCCAAGAACUUUGACGAGAGUCUUGAGUGCGAGGGCAAGCGCUCGUCUUCGUGA